CCCAGCAGUGCCACCCGCAAGUUCCACCCACCUGUGCCCAGCAGUGCGCCCACUAGAUCUGCCCACCUGUGCCCAGCAGAUCACCCACCUGUGCCCAGCAGUGCACCCACCUGUGCCACUCUGCAGUGCCACCUACCUGUGCCCAGAAUUGCCACCUACCAGUGCCACCCACCUGUGCCACCCACCUGUGCCCACCCACCAGUGCUGCCCACCAGUGCCACCCACCAGUGCAGCCCAGCAGUGCUGCCAGUCAGUGCCACCAGUCAGUGCCCAGGGGUUGUGCCAGUCAGUGCCGCCAGUCAGUGCCCAGCAGUGAUGCCAGUCAGUGCCGUCUAUCAG